UCAUCUGGCCACACUGUGCUAACGAAUAUGGCGACUUCCAGUCGCAGUUUCUGUUCGGUACAGUGGACAACUCUUGUUUUCCUAAUUGUUUGCGUCAACGGGCGAUAUUCACACAAAAAUAAUCGCCCAACAAAUGAUGCAGUCUACGCAAUAAGACAGUCGAUAGGAAUACCAGUUCACCGAUACGGCAACGAAACCGUCGGAAUUUCUCCACGUUCAGCCAUGUACGGCAUUGCCGAAGCACAGCAGGUACCGAACGGCUGUGGAAGUACUAUUGAGAGUAUACCGUGCAGCAGCCUCGGUGCACAAUGCAUCACUUGUCGCUUUAAUUAUUCCUGCGUUUACGGCGAGGAAGUGUCUGUGACGUGUGAAGCACGGGCUGGAGUAGACUGUGUCGGUGCAGGUGUGCCAUUUGAGAGGCGCAUGAUUUGCCGCUACUGCUAUCAGACCGUUCCUGGUAAAGAACAUGUAUGUGAACGUAAUGCAACAUGUCAGGUGAAUAGUUCACCGCGCCAGCGGUACCUGGCCCAGUGUACAGUACGGCCCAACAUAACCUGCCUUGGGCGGCGUACUUUCUUUAAAAACCAUCUUUGCAACUGGACAAGGGGAUACAGUUGGAGGACUGCCUUGCUUCUCAGCGUCGUGCUCGGAGGAUUCGGUGCGGACAGGUUCUACCUGGGCAUGUGGCAAGAAGGCAUUGGCAAGCUCUUCAGCUUCGGCGGACUGGGCGUGUGGACGCUCGUAGAUGUGGUGCUUGUGGCAACUGGGUACCUGGGACCAGCUGACGGGUCCCUCUAUCUCGACUGAGAUCUAUUCCUAUAGCGGGACGAGAACUGCAGUGUUUUAUUUUCCUACACAGAAGUCUCGAAAGAUGCGGUCGAGCAAGUCCUCCGUUGAGACGUGCCCCACCAGGUGGCCUAGGUGCACCAGCGCACGCCUCAGGUACUCGGCCAUUAUAUCCGGCUCUUCGUGAAGCGUUGCUUGUUGGACGCUUUCCAAGCAUUGGCCCAAGGUGCGCUGCUGACGCUCCGAGAUGAGACUGCCGGCAGUGGCUUCGGAAGAGCACCUGCAUGUGUGUGUGUGUGUGUACAUAUAAAUAUGGUGACUACGUGCUCCCCGCCUCAGUGUUGAUAGCCGCUACGUUUUUACGGUGCUUCGCCAGGGUCAAGCAGUUACGUAAAUAUGUAUGUAUGCAGUGAGGUUGUACCGUAAUUUCAUAUCGUUACCCGCAGGAAAGACUCUAAAUUGUGCUGUGCAACCAAUGAUGGAUGUCAAGUAUGCCUGGUUCACUUUGUUUCUGUCAAGUGCCUAUAAAAUGCAACACUUACAAUGGU